AUGCCAACCCCCGGCAGCAGCGCGGACUGGGCCGCAUGGGCGUCGGUGCCCUGGACGCGACAAACCGACGACGACAGCACCGGCGCUGGCACUGCCGCCACCAUCGGCUGGCGCAAGACCGGCGUGCCGUACCUCCCGCUCGGCACGGCCGGCGCCCAGCAGACUCUCGACUUGUGGCUGCCCGCCGCCGACACUUCGCCCAAUGCCCCGCUCCCCGCCGCCGACUCCCUCCCGCGCCGCCCCGGCGGCGGCACCUGGAUCGUCUUCAUCCACGGCGGAGCCUGGCGCGACCCGCUGAUCACCGCGUCCUCCUUCACGCCCGCCGCCACCAACCUACUCCGCCGUGCCACCACCACCACCACCACCACUACCGAGCCCAACAUCGCCGGCCUCGUCUCCCUCAACUACCGCCUCUCCCCGCACCCGGCCGCACCAUCCCAAACGGCCCGCCACCCAGACCACAUCGCCGACGUGCUCGCCGCGCUGGCCUUCCUCCGCCGGCUGGACAUCCUCGCCGCCGGCUGGAUCCUAGCAGGCCACUCCUGCGGCGCCACCCUGGCUCUGCAAGCCGUCAUGUCCCCAGCGCGCUGGGGCCUCCCCGUCUCCGUCCCCGUCCCGUUGCCCGGGCCGGUGCCCAAGCCCGCCGUGGUGGUCGGCUUCAGCGGGCUGUACGACCUGGCCGGGUUUGUGGCGCGGCCGCCGGCGGGGUACGCGCACCUGCGCGAGGCGUACCGGGCGUUUACCGCGGGCGCGUUCGGGCCCGACGAGGCGGUCUGGCGCGCCGUGUGUCCUGCCACUUGUGAGGGGCGCUGGGUGCGGGAGUGGAGAGCAAGGGGAAUGGUGGUGUUGGUGCAGAGUCGCCAGGAUACCCUCGUGCCGUAUCAGCAGCUGGAGGCGAUGAGGGCGCGGCUGGAAGGGGAGGAGGCGGCCGAGGUGAGGGUUAUGGAGGCCGGAGGGGACCACGAUGAGAUCUGGCAGGAGGGCGGGCGGAUGGCGGAGGUGUUGUGGGAGGUUGCGGGUGAUCUGUGA